GGGCGGGGCCGCGGUGCCGGCAGAGCGCUGCUCGGUGCCGUCUGAUCUGUGCCGGCGGAGCGGUCAUGGCGGCGCUGCGCGGAGCCCCGCGGCUGCUCCUUUUUCCGAGUGAUGCGGCCGAGUCCGCUGCCGGCCGCCGUCUGUCCGUCGUGCUGCCCGCGGGGGCGGCUCCCGACCCCGCGGAGGCUCCUCCGCCGGCCCGCAAGCGGCAGCGCCUCACCCACUUGACCCCCGAGGAGAAGGCGCUGCGCAGGAAGCUGAAGAACCGCGUGGCGGCUCAGAGCGCCCGCGACAGGAAGAAGGCGCGGAUGACGGAGUUGGAGCAGCAGGUGGUGGAGCUGGAGGAGGAGAACCAACGGCUGCUGCGGGAGAACCAAUGGCUGCGGGAGCAGACGGGCAGCCUCUCCCUGGAGAACCAGGAGCUCCGCUGCCGCCUGGGCUUGGACGCUUUGAAGACAGAGCCGGAGUGCGAGUCUACGGAUGUGAAGGAAUCCCAGGUGGAUGACAUCAGGUUGGUGACCGGGUCCGCUGAGUCCGCAGCACUCAGACUACGUGUUCCUCUGCAGCAGGUGCAGGCCCAGCUGUCACCAUUCCUGACAACCUCCACAUGGAUUCUGAUGGCAGUGACUCUUCAGAUUCUGAGUCUGAUCUCCUGUUCGGCUUUCUGGACAGUCUGGACCCAGAAAUGUUUCUCAAAUGUGCUGAUUCAGAAUCAUCCAGCCUGGAAAAGCUGGAGGAAGAGAUGUGUGGAGAAACAAAUUCCAUACCGACCUCCCCCUCUCCCUCUCUGGGGUCCCCAUCAGCUAAGCUGGAGGCCAUUAAUGAACUCAUAAGGUUUGAUCAUGUGUACACAAAACCCUUAAUAUUGGAGUUUCCUGUUAAAAUGGGCAAUGAAACGAAUAUGCUUGUGAAAAUCGAGGGAGUGUCUCUCUCUCCGCCUGAAGACAAAGCUAUUGCUGAGGUCCCAGUAUCUGUGAAAGAGGAACCUGUAGACAGCUUAAUGCCUGAGCUGGGCAUCUCUCAUCUGCUUCCCUCUCAAAAUAGCUUUGCAGCCUCAAGUUAUCUGCUGGAUGCUGGUAGUGACUCUGGAUAUGAAGGAUCCCUGUCACCCUUCAGUGACAUGCCCUCUCCUCUUGACACUGACCAUACCUGGGAGGAUAGCUUUGCCAAUGAACUUUUUCCUCAACUGAUCAGUGUCUAACUUGGUAGUGUUAACUUGUCCCUGGUUAUCUCCUGGCAGGGUAACAGGAUAUGCCCUUUUGGGGGGGUGGAGAGGGGUGGAAUUGACUGUAUUCAGAAAAGUAUUGCUUGUUUCUUUCUAUGAAUGCUGGUAGAUGUAGUGAUGGCCAUUCAUUUCUACUGGUAAGGAAAAAAAAAAAAUAGGGUUGUUUUUCUCCCCCAGUGCUCCCAUUCAGUGUUCUCUUAGAAGAGAAGAAAUUUAAUUUCUCAAUAACUUGGCAAUUUGGAGUGAACCUGAAAAUCAAAAUACUCUUGUUCGACACUGAAAGCUUUAUUGGGAUAUCCAUGUUUAGACAGCUGGGUUAAAACUAAAUAGUCUGUAUGUUUUACAGAUUUAUUGUGUAAAUGCUUGUUUUCUGUUGGCUAUGUAGAGUUGCUUUCUCCAUUUUAUUUAACUAUAUUGGUGCAAUUAAAGUGCAAUGCAGCUCA